GUUGCACUGUGACCGGGACAAAAAAAUUGCAAGUGCAAAAAAAAACAGUGGCAAGAAAAUAAAGCAACGAAGAAUAUUUGGAAAGUGUUCAAUAAUAAAUAUUAUUUGACUUCGUUUAGUCUUAACUGAUAGUGUACAUCACAUCAAAUAUGAGUACAAUACUUGAUAAAAUAGCUGCAAUUGAAUCCGAGAUGGCGCGGACUCAAAAGAACAAAGCAACAGCGGGCCACCUUGGUUUGUUAAAAGCUCGGUUGGCCAAGUUAAGGCGGGAGCUGAUAACCCCAAAAGGAGGUGGUGGAGGCCCUGGGGAGGGGUUUGAUGUAGCAAAAACUGGUGAUGCUAGGAUUGGAUUUGUGGGGUUUCCAUCAGUCGGCAAAUCCACUCUCUUGAGCAAACUGGCGGGCGUGUAUUCUGAAGUAGCAGCGUAUGAGUUCACAACACUAACCACUGUGCCAGGCUGCAUCAAGUACAAAGGAGCCAAAAUACAACUUCUGGACCUGCCUGGCAUCAUUGAAGGGGCCAAGGACGGGAAGGGCAGAGGCCGGCAGGUCAUAGCAGUGGCUCGUACUUGCAGCCUCAUCUUCAUUGUUCUGGAUGUCCUGAAGCCCCUCCAGCACAAGAAGCUGAUAGAGCACGAGCUGGAGGGGUUUGGCUUGCGGCUGAACAAGCAGCCGCCCAACAUUGUGUUCCGCAAGAAAGACAAAGGUGGAGUUAAUCUGCAGACCAUGGUCCCACAGACUGAAUUGGAUUUGGACACUACUAAGAGUAUUCUUUCCGAGUAUCGCAUCCACAAUGCUGACAUCACACUAAGGUACGAUGCUACAAGCGACGACCUAAUUGAUGUCAUUGAAGGAAAUCGUAUCUAUGUACCCUGCAUAUACCUCCUCAACAAGAUUGAUCAGAUAAGCAUAGAAGAACUAGACAUUAUUUAUAAAAUUCCACAUUGUGUUCCAAUUUCUGCUCAUCACAAAUGGAAUUUUGAUGACCUUUUAGAAAAAAUGUGGGAGUAUCUGAAGCUGAUUCGAAUCUAUACUAAACCAAAAGGACAGCUACCAGAUUAUCAGUCGCCAGUGGUUCUACAUUCAGAUAGAGUUUCAGUUGAAGAUUUCUGCAACAAACUUCAUCGUUCAAUCGCAAAGGAGUUCAAAUAUGCGUUGGUUUGGGGGUCAUCUGUAAAGCAUCAACCUCAGAAGGUUGGAAAAGAUCAUAUACUUCAUGAUGAAGAUGUUGUGCAAAUUGUGAAGAAAGUUUAGUUGGCUUGAAACUUAAUUGAAAAAAAAUUUAAUUCAUUCUGCCACAUGAACUGUUUUUGUUGUGAAACACGUAAAACAAAAGGUUGCUAACUUUUUACUGUCUUUUAAGUGGGCAAAGUACUAAUGUGAAUAAGUGCUGGUAGACAAUAUUUUACUAAAGAAAAAUUUUUAUACAAUAUUUCUAUGUUAAAACUAGUAAUAAUUGUAAAUAUUGAAUUACAUUUCAGUUGCAUAUUGUUUUAGAUAAGCAUACUGUCAAGUAACCUGCAUCAUACUUAUCAGAAUACGUUUUUGUAAAUUGUAAGAAGUAAAUGGAUCCGUGUGUGUUUUUCUCCUUUAUCUUUUGCUUUAGACAUUUUGUUUUGAACUGAUCCUGCUGUGCUGGAUUGAUAAUGAACUGUUUUAUUUCAAUAAACUAUUUUGGUUUUGCACUGUUA